UUUUCAUUUUGAAUCGAUCGGAAAAAAAAAAAAUCCACCGUGGAAUCCUAGGCCCUUUCUCUUCGUUUCUCUUCCCAUCGCUUGUUGAAAACUCAAUCGAGGGAGAUUGCAGCAGUGGGAGGGCGAUUGCAGUGGCGAGAGGGCAACAUCUCUCUUCUUUUUCCUCUCCUCCGUUCGGCCAGCCUAGACUCCUCUAUAUUGACAGUUAGUAAUUUGGAAACUGUACAUGGAGGCCAAAUUCUUCCGCUUUCUUAAGAUUGUGGGUGUGGGUUUCAAAGCAAGGGCUGAAGCGGAGGGUCGCCUUCUGUACCUGAAAUUGGGCUACAGCCAUGAGGUUGAACUGGUGGUUCCACCAGCUGUUCGUGCAUUCUGCUUUAAGCCAAACGUUGUUUGUUGCACUGGAAUAGACAAGCAAAGAGUGCACCAAUUUGCUGCCUCUGUUCGCAGUUGUAAGCCUCCUGAAGUUUACAAGGGCAAAGGUAUAAUGUAUAUUGAUGAAAUUAUAAAGAAAAAGCAAGGAAAGAAAUCCAAAUGAUCGCAUGAAUGAAAUUGGAUUGUGUUGGUCGUGGUGGAAGUUUCCCGUCAUCUCUGAAGCUGGAACUGAUUUUCCCUUGCAGCUUUGAACAAUUUUGAAUUAUUUGAUCAUUUUUGCAAGAAAGUUGAGUACCUUUUUUUUUU